AUGGACGUUUGUAAGUUCCUAGACCUGCCUAUAGACAUUAGAAAAAACAUAUAUCUGCAAUUGAAUGGAAUGCUGGGGAACAGUAACUUUGAUUCUAAUAAAUUUUCAAUUAAUAUUCAAGAAACUAGAACUGAAAAUACUAUUCCUGUUAGUAAAAAAGCUAAAUCUAAUAGAAAGACCAGAAUUCAAACCUAUUACAAGAUAUUUGAACCUAUUUUUGCAAUGCUUAAUCACUCAAAUUUAUUUGAAAAGUGGCUAUACCAUGCGAUUUGGUUAAGAUAUGAUUCAAUUAUGCUCGAUUGCAUGAGAAUCAAUCAUUUUUAUGGAGGACAAGUACUCGGUUCUUUAGAUUGGAUACAAUUAGAUGGUAAACUGCGGUUGGCUUACUUUGAUGAACAUUACGUCCUGCAGGUAUGGUAUACCUUCAAAGAAUAUAAUAAAUGGAUUGUGAGGGGAUCAAGUGCAAUUGAAACUGAAAGUAAAAUUGACUAUUUAAGACUAAAUAUAGAUCAUCUUAAUUCAAUGGGAUCAGUAUUUGAAAAAACGUUGGAUGAUUUCGGUAAACACGAUAUGUACCUUAAAAUAAACGAAAUUCAUUUCAAUUCAGAUGAAGAUGAGAAUGCUGAAAGCGAUUUCCUUCCAAAUUAUAAUGAAGAUAGUGUUACUGAUACAGAAGCUGAAAAUACUGACGCACUUGACAUCAGUUUUAAAAAUAAACUUAAUGACAAAAAUAUUAUUGCAAUUAUUCAAAGGAUGGAAAAUAUGAAAAAUCUUUCUAAACUUACUAUUACAACUGACAGAUUAUAUCAGACUUUAGUCAACCUGCAGGGCGUUAGAGACAACCCCGGUCGAAUUAUUAGUUAUAUGGUUCGUAAACGUAUAACAGAAAUUCAAAUCAAUAGAGUCAAGCAGUUAUCUUUUAAAAGCAGAAUUGGAGAUUUUGGUAAAUGGGAAAAUUUAAAUAGAUUAGAGCUAAAUAAUAUCCAAUAUCUGGACAUGAAUUUGAUAUAUUUUCCCGAUAGUUGCAAGGAACUAGUAUUGAAAAAUAUACGAAUAUUAAAAUGGUGGAAUGCUGAGGAAAGUUUGGUACCUAUAUUGUUUACAGAAUCUGCUCAUGAACAAAAAAAGAUAUGGAUAAAAAAACAAAAUAGAAAGAAGCAAGUGAAAGAAUAUAGAUUAAAUGAACAUUACCUUAAACCUGAAAUCAUAGAGAAUUGCAAGGAUAUAGUAAAAUCGAUGAUUGGGAGAUCCAGCACAAAUAAAUUAAAUUAUAUCAGUCUGGUAAGUAUUAAUAAAACUGUGAACAAUUUUAUUAUUGUACCAUCAAAUUUAUAUGACAAUAAUAGAAUCCAGCUUUUUAACAUAAAUCGAUACAUUGAAGAAGUAUACAUUAUCUGA